AUGAUCGCGCAGAUUGUGAGGGGCUCUCUCCGGAGGGCGAGGGUAUUUAGAGACCGCCAGAAUCCGCUGGCAUACCCGGACGAUGUUCUUCAUGAAUUAUAUAGAUUCUCAGCUGAGGGAAUUCGUUACCUUUGCCAGCUGAUCGAGGCAGACGUCUGCAAUGUAACCCGCCGAAGCCAGGCCCUCACAAUCGAGCAAAUUAUGUGCUUGUCAUUGCGUUACUUUGCCAGUGGACAAUAUAUGUAUUCCACCGGUGAUGCUGAAAACCUCAGUAAGAACACUGUAUGUCGUAUGAUUCGCAAAGUGGUACUUGCCCUAGUAACCAAACUGAUGAAUGCAUUUGUCGUGCUCCCUGGGCAUUUAACUGCACUUCAGAUCAAAGAAGGGUUUUAUGCAAUCGCAGGUUUCCCAAGAGUAAUAGGAGCCAUUGACUGCACUCACAUCCGAAUCAGUGCACCCCUGGGAGAGCAUGAGGGGGAUUAUGUGAAUAGAAAAUCCUUCCAUAGCAUCAACGUACAGGUAAAAGGUCUACUUCAUAUAGGCCCACAUUCAAAUAGGUCAUGUCCAUACCUCAAAUCAACCUGUCAGUACUGGUCCCAUUUUGCGUUAGGUGAUGUCAAUUUUUCAGGCAGUAACACAAAAUAA